AUGGAGGAUCAAAUAAUUAAUGCUAUACAAAUAGCUUUGAAUUCUUCAUCUGAUCAAAAACUACAACAUCAAGCAUAUGAAUUUUUAAAUGAAGUCAAACUAUCAAAAAGUGGUUAUAAUACAGCACUAGAUUUACUAUUAAAAUCCACAUCAUCAAAUAUAAACAAUGAACUAAAAUUCUUUUUGUAUCAAGUUAUUGAAGAAAAUGUUCACAACCUAAACCAAGAAGAAAGUCAUCAACUCGUACAAUCAUCAUUUAAAAUACUAGCAGAAUACGUGUCUAACAAUAUAAAAGACCCCUCGUAUUUAAAAAAUAAAUUUGGUCAAAUAUUUGGUAAGAUUUUUACUCAAACUUAUAUCAAUGUAUACCCUAAUUUUUUUAAAGAUUUAAAUUCUAUGAUUCAAAAUGAUAAUCAGCUAGCAUUAGACUAUUAUACAAGAAUUUUAAUUGAUAUUCAUUUAGAAAUUGGAGAUAAAUAUAUAGCAAGAUCACCAGAAGCGGCAGAAAGAAAUAUGGUAUUGAAAGAUGCCAUCAGAGAUAAAGAUAUGAAUGCAUUAGUUACAAAUUGGUUCAAAAUACUAGCGAACAAUGAUAAUUCGGAGGAAAUACUAGACAAUACUUUAAACAUUAUUGGACAAUAUGUCGACUGGAUGGAUAUAAGUUUAUUUGUUUCCCCACAGUAUAUCAAUACCAUAUUGGGCUUUUUUAAUAGGGAACAAGAAAGAAUUUCCACAUGUAAAACUUUGGUUCACAUCUUAUCCAAAAAAAUGCCACCACAAAACAAAUUAGAAUUAAUAUCACUACUCAACCUAACCAAUAUUAUAUCAUCCAUUCAAUUAUCAGAUGAUCUUGAUUUUGUAGAAAAUGUAUCAAAAUUAGCAAAUCAAAUUGGAGAAGAGCUAUUGCAUGUUUUAAACAAUCAAUCAGAUAUUACUAUUCAAGUAAACGAACACUUAUAUAAAUUAUGGCCAAUAAUACUCACAUUUUUGAGUCAUGAAUAUGACGAUGUUUCACAAUGUGUUUUCCCUUUCAUCCAAGCAUUCCUUACAGCAAGUAAAAAAGAUUCACAAUUAUAUUCUAUAGAUUUAUUAUCAACUUUGUUGAACAAAAUUAUAUUAAAAAUGAAAUAUGAUGAUGAAGAAGAUGACGAUGAUGAUGCAGAAAGACAAUUCAAUGAAUUUAGAACCAAAUUAAAACACUUUCAAGAUCUCAUUGCUGUGUUGGCACCAGACUUGUAUAUAGAUGCCAUCCCACUGGUUAUAAAUGAAUCAUUAUUUUCAGGAGAUAAACAAUGGAAUAACUUAGAAUUAGGACUUUUUGAAUUAAGUAACUUCUCAGAAAGUUUGAAAAUGAAUUUGAUCAAUGUACCAAAAAACAAAAUCAAUGAAAGUAAACCUUUUUUGGUAUUUCAAGAUUUUUUGAUCAAAUUAAUUAAUUCAUCAAUUAUCACUGAAGUUAAUCAUUCACAAAUUCAAGCGAGCUUUUUUGAAUUAGUAGUCAAACAUUAUAGUUUUUUAAAUUCACACGCCAACAGACACGAUUUAAUCUUAAGGAUAUUGGAAAUUUUUACGUCACCAUUAGGACUUUUCAACAAUAACGAAAGAGUUAGAUUAAGAAGUUGGUAUUUAUUUUUUAGGUUCUUUAAGUUGACUAAACCAAAAAUGGACAAUGAACAGUUAAUAGAACAGAUUGUAUUGAAACUACAACCACUUCUAGUCAUCAAAGCUGAAUUACCGACAAGAGAUGAAGAUGAUGAUGUAAUUGAAAAUGGUAAUUUCAGCAAUCAACAAUACCUUUUUGAAACUAUGGGGCUUUUAAUUUCAUUGAUUCCAAAUGAUUUGGGAACUUUGAAAGUUAAAUUAAUUGAAAUUUUAUUUCAACCAAUUUUCAAUGAUUUAGAAAAAUGUAUUUCCAUGGAUGCAGAACCAAUAGUUGUUUUACAAGCACAUCAUUCAUUAAUGGCUUUAGGUACUAUAGCAAGAGGUUAUGAUUAUGAACUGAAUUUAAAGUUUACUCCAGAAGUUGUUGAAAAAGUGGACAAUGCAGCACAAGUAGUUUUAAUUACUUUGGAAAAUUUUUCAAAAUUUGAAAAUGUAAGAGAUGCAUCAAGAUUUGCAUUUGCAAGAUUUAUACCAAUUUUAAACAGUACGAUCAUAAGCGGUCACCUCACUAAAUUAAUUACAACUAUUUGGUCAUCAUCGAAUUUGAAAAUCAAUGAAAUCAGUGACUUUUUAAGUUUCUUAGGACAAAUUGCUCAUAGUUAUAGAACAGAUGAAAAUAUUUAUCAACUACUUAAUAACUUUUUAACACCUUUAUUUUCAAAAGUUUUUCAAACAUUAGAUCAAUCAAGCACCGAAGAAGAAACUUUAAGACCAGACAUUAUUAGAGAUAAAAAUUUCUUAAAAAAAGCAAUACUCAAUUUUCUUAAUGCCAUUAUUAUCAACCAUUUAUCAAGUUUAUUAAUCACACAAAGUAACAAAAAUGAAUUUCCGAUAGUUGUAUCUAAAUUAUUUGAAUAUUCAUAUGAUUUAUCAGAAACAACAGCAUCAAAAUCAGCUAUAGUUCAAUUAAUUAACCUUGUUAAUGUAUUUGGAGACAGUGGGAAAAUAACAGAUGAUCAAGAUAAGUAUGGACAAUCAUUACCUGCAAUACAAGGAAUUGAUGAAUUUUUAAUGGAAAAAGUUGUAAUUUUAUCAUUUGAAUUACCAUUUCAAAAACAAGAGUUCAUUUUAAGUGAUGCUCAAUAUAGAUUAAUAGCUCAAGAUUUAGCAAUUUUAUUGAAGACUUAUCAACAAAAAAAAGGACAAGAAUUUAUUGAAUAUUUGUCAACUUAUUUAUCAAAUAUGGGAUUAAGUUCAAAUUUAUUAAAUGAAUUUUGUACAAACUUGAUAAAUUUAGAUUUAAAAGACUUUAAAAAAUAUUUUGUCACUUUUGUUAGUAAAAUGAAAGGUGACAAGUAA